GGAAAUGGGAGAGCACCGGCCCUCAAGGUUCUAGCAAAAGGGGGAACCACGGGGGAGGUGGAUCUUUUAGAACACCCGCAACCCCAUCUAGGGGAAAUCAAGGCCCAGGAGGGCAAGGUUCGAGGUCGCAGGGCUCGGGCGUAAUGAGGUGCAACAAUUGCAAAAGAAACCACUCGGGCAAGUGCCGUGAUCCCCCACGGUGUUACCAAUGUGGGGAGGCAGGACACUUGAGGAGCAGUUGCCCACAACUCGGGCAAGCCACGGGUGCAGGACCUAGUAGCGGGACCACAGCAAGUAGGAACCGGACAGGAGCACCUCAUGGGAGCACGGGGCACGGCGGGCCAAGUACAAGCAACGCACCCUCGGUGAACCAAGGGAAGACCCAAGCUAGGGUCUAUGCCAUGACGGAAGCCGACGCUCGUGCCAAUCUGGACUCCGUUGCGGUUUCAGGUAGAACUUGAAGAGUUGCUGCCACCACCCGUUGCUUCGGGGAGAUCAAGGGAAGAAGACGUGGUUCGUGCUUCUCCCGUUUCUGUUUUGAAAACAAUCUAAAUAAUGCUCAUGGAUAUUAUUUUUGAAUAAUCAUUCGGGGGCUUGUAUGCCCAUGUUUGCCGAGUGUGGCAUAAACACUUGUAUUAAUGUUUCCGCUGUUUAAAUGAAUAUUUUACAUUAUGCUUG